CCCCAUGCAUAGUCCAAGUUAGAUUUAAAUUGAAACCGUUCGUGCUCUGUUCGACACUCGCGCUUUCCGCUGCAGAAAAUACUUAUAAAUCCAACCUUUUUUUAUUUCUAUAAAUCCACCUACAUUUUUGUGUACCUGUCUGUGCGUAGGCGUUACGGUUUUCCGUGGGUUAUUGGUACUGUUACUGCUCCCUGCCCCCGCAAAAAAGUAAUUCCCACCUUCCGCUCCGUUUGAGCAAGGAAGACCAACAAGUGCUCACACUCAUACAGACAACUGCAUCAGUGUGCCACUUGCAUUGCCCGGAGAGUGCGUUCAACCAAUUGAAAGUGAAUUGAAAGCGACAAGUGAAAAUAGAUCUGACAAAAGCGGCAGCGGCAGCAGCAGCAGCGGUAGAACAGUAAAGUGACAACGACAGCGACGGGAGACAAAGUAGAACAGUUUUAGCAAUUUUUUUUUGCACAAAAAUAACAAACAGCUGUCUGCGCGAGUACGAGUGAGCAUCAGAGUGUGUGUGCGUGCGUGUUGUUGUUGUUUAUAAGCGUAACAGGUCCGCCUGCGUGGGAGAGCCAAAAGAGAGCGAGAGAGAAGAGUCAAGUCGUGUGCACAGCUGCAUCUCUGUCCACAGCAUCAGAAUGACCGACCUAAACGAAUUGCUGGGAUCGCCAUUUGUGCGCGUCAAGUUGGUGGCGUUUGUGCAUUUCUUCUUCAUAUCGAAUGCCAUGCUGGGCAGCUGGGGGCAUGGGGCCUAUGAGUUCUACAAUUUUCUGUUCAUCAUUUCCAUGUUCUGGGCGAUCCAUUGCAAGGACUCUAUUGAAGCAGUGCAAUCGGCGCUCGUCAUCGAUGCUUCAAGCAUAUUCUUUGAUCUAGUCAGCAUUAUCAUUUAUUUCCAUUUCAUGAAUGGUUGGGCCAUUGCCUUCAGCAUUAUCAACCUGAUCCUGCGCCCCGUGAGUGUGGCCCUGCUAUACCGCGAGUUCAACACGCGCGGCGGCAGCCUGCAGACGGGCUCGGUCUUCCCCACUAGCCAGCAGCGCAGCUACCAGGACAUUGACCGUCCCACGCAGCCGACUCCGACCAACUCGCAGCCGGGUCCCAAUGUGGCCAGCAUUUUCUAGACCGGAGGAGAGCUGAGAAACCACCAUUUCCAACAUACCCUGCUAGCCCUCCACCAAAAAAAUAAAAAAAAACCACAAUGGAUGGACGGGUUCCGAUCUGGAAGUAGAACAGUAAACGGAACGGAACGGAGCAGAGAACCUUCCCCAGAACAGAAUGCGAAAUUUUGAUAUACUACUAUAAAUAAAUAAAUUUUUUGUCAUUGUUGUUGUAAAGACAACAAUUAGGGUUAAGCAACAUUGUAGCAUUGUAGUUGAAUGUGGAACACAGAGCCCGAGGAGAACCCUUGAUCUGAAAUCUUGAUCUGUGUGCGUUUUGUCUCCUGUCCUACAUGGUUCUGUUCUGUACUGUUUAUUUUUUUUUUUGUGUGUAUGUUUUUUUUUGUUGUUGUUGACGAUUAACGAAUAAAGACAACUAAUCAGAUAAAUCAGA